AUGGAAGGUAGCUCUCCGGAGCUUGACUGCAAGCCGGAACCUGUACAAGUCCUGAUCUUUUCCAAGCAUCUGACCAAGUUGGAUCUGACAGGCUUGCGACAUGCGAAGCGCAUCGACCUGACGUUGCAGUCCUGGCGUGCUCAAGUUCUAUGGCCAAGGCAUGCAAGGCUACAAGCAGGUUCCCACCCUGCAGCCCUGCGCUUGUGGCUUCCAUGCUCUGAGACUCCGCUGCCCCCACAAGGCUGCGGGCUUCUGGAGUCGGCAGAAACUGUGGACUGUUCGGGUUGUCAUGUCCUGAAACCGGAAGCUUUGAAGCCGGAAAUGUUCCCGAACUUGACCUCCCUCGACGUGGCAGACUGCCAGGAAUUCGACGACACUGCCUUGAUCAGCGUGGCUGGUGCCCCGGAACUUCGGCGACUGCGCUGCCCAGGUUGUGCCCGCCUGACCCCCUCCGGCGUUCGGCGCGCAGUGCAGAGGUCGGCGUGCCUCAAGGAGCUAGAAACAGAUGUGGCACCUUGGCAGCUGCAGUGUAGUCUGGUGGCCUCAGCUAUCGAAUCCUUGGGACAUGGUCGCCUUGUGCCUGUGGCUUUCGAGGCCGGAGCUCCGCCGGAGAUGGCGGCGCCUCCGUCCCACGGAAAUGGUCUCAGCUGUAUCAGCCAGAACGGCGCUACGAACAUCACGGUGAAGACCAUUGGCGGUACUCCAGGAUACAAGUGUCCUGUCUAUGAGCGCACGCGACGCUGCACCGAAUCGUCCGAGGUGUACUCCUUCGGCAUGGUAAUGCUGGAGGUGAUGACAGGCCUGGAUCCUUCGGCCACCGACCCAGCAGCACCUCGAGGCAUCGUCUUCCCACUUGCAACGACAGUGGCUCCAAACGCGCCUGGCUCGCUGCAACGGCUCAGAAGGUCGGCAGACACAACAGCCAGCUGGCCUCGGGAUCUCUUCGAGGAGCUGGCCCCGCCGGGAUCCAUGAAGCACAGCCGAACCUGCCGUGAAAUCCAGGUGUUCAAAGCCAAGAAUAUUCAAGGAACAGCCUCAAGGAAGUACUCAGAAAUGGUCGGAGACAAACCGGACUUUGUGUACGAACCACUGAACGUCGGACGUGACUUUGGACCUUUAGAUCUUGCGUCCACAGUCAUCUAUUGCCGGUGGGUUGAUGUGCUUUGCAAAGAACAUCACCGGUGCCGAGCCUUAGUCCACAUUACUGCUGAUGGCAUGCGAGAGACAUGGAGCAACACGGUGACCCUCUGCUGCGCGUACUCCAUUCUGGCAAAGGGAUUAUCUGCGCAGGAUGCGUACCAGCCGUUCGCUUACCUGGAUCUUCCGGCAUUCGUAGAUUGUCGGGGGGAGGGUGCGAACGGGAUCGAGUUGCAGGAAGAGGAGUCGGACUUCAGAUUGAGCGUGCUCGAUGUCUUGAUGGGCAUCCAGCGAGCCCGAGAUUUGGGCUGGUUGGAUUACCGAAGCUUCCCGGUGGAGCUCUACACCCAAAUGCUGCGAGCAGAGCAUGGGGACAUGAGUUGGAUACUACAGGGCAAAGCCCUGGCGAUGGCCAGUCCUUGGGCACAGCCUGUGGACACGGAGGGCAUGCCUGUUUGCACUCCAGAUGUCCUUGUCCCAUAUUUUAUCGAGAACAAGAUUGAAGUCGUAAUUCAGUGCAACCAUCCUCAGUCCGAGGAGAAGGGGGAGCGGAGAGAGCUGAUCAGCUAUGAUCCAAAGCCUUUCGAGAACGCCGGCAUCAAACAUGUGUGGCUUCCCUUCGAAGAUGGGGGUUGCCCAUCCACGGAGCUCAUUCAGCAGUUUCUGCAAGUUGUCGAGCCGCAUAGUGGCGCAUUCGUCGUCCACUGCCGGUCUGGACUUGGCAGGACUGCUACGGUCAUUGGGAUUUAUGCUAUGCGACACCUUGGUUUCACGGCACGGUCCUUCAUAGGCUGGUCACGAGUAGUGCGGCCUGGGACAGUCCAUGGCAGCCAGCAGCAGUAUCUCGUGAACCUGGAGCCAUACGUGCGCCCUGGCGUUGAGAGAUCAUUGGCCAACUUGAACCAAGUAGAGCAAUUGCAGAUGCUGCCGGUGCGCGAGCUAAGCUUUUGGGCUCUUGACUUGGGUGUGAAUCAUGAGCUGCUGGCUAAUCGCUCAUGGACCGAGCUAAUUGAUAUCAUUCUUGAAGCACGUGGCAACGUCAAGUCCGGAUCCAACUUGCGGGCGCGUGACCCCGCCGCGCAACGGGCACCUGACCCUGCAGCGCACCGGAAUUCAGUGACGGCCGGAAUCCCUGAAACGAUUGUGCCACAGCAAUCGAGUUCCAGUCAGAAAACUCUAGGCGAACCAAGCAUAGACCCGUGGCAGGAAGCUCUUCAGUAUCUUAGACUUCUGGGUUCUCUGCACGACGGUUUUGGCGCAGAUGCCAUCAUCCAGCUGGUCGAGCAGAUUCGGGACAGCCCCUCGGCUCGAACCGGCAUGAAAGCCGAUGAAGUUGAAUCGGCAGCCAUGAAGGAAGUCAGUGCUGCACAUGCUGCAGCUUUGGCAGAGACACGACGAAAGGAGGCCGAGUUGGGGGAAAAUUUGCAGCUUGCCAGAGCUGCUCGGCGAGAAUGCGUACAAGUCAAGCUUUCCAUUGCCAUGCAGCAAGAUGCAUUGCUCCAAGCCAGCAGCGAUGCUGUGAGAGAGUCGACUGUUAUGGCCGACUUGCAGCGGCAACUGGCAGAGGCAGCGGAGGUGCGACGCCAGAAGCUGGAAGCUCACCGAAAGGAGCAGGCUGCCCUGCAAGAUGCCAAAGACCAGUGGAAAAUGCUUCAGAUCCAAGCAGAGACUGAAACCAUUAACAACAACGUUAGCGCAGUUGGACCGAUGGAGGCCUGGCAGAAUGCCAAGCGCUCACUCGAUCGCUUGCGCAUGCGCCUUGAGCAGAGCUAG